ACAAAAAGUUAUCUCUGUGAUCACUGAUGAGAGUGAGAACCAAAAUUUACUGAUGGCAUGGCCCGCAUGUUAUCUCUUUGUAGCUUAUUUGUGAUUUUACUCGUGUAAUAUGUGUUUUUUUCCUCCUUGCCUUCUUUCAUCUAUUUAUUCAGUAAACUUCGACUCAGUACAAACCACAUUUUUAAAAUCUGUUAUCACCUCUGGCUAAGUAAACAUACUGCCUCCCACAGCUCUUAUCAAUUAAUCAGUGAAUCAAACCAUGAUUGAACCAAAUUGUCGUCAAUCCUUAAAAAUUGAAAGUCUUUCAAAGUCAUCAUCAUUCAGAUCCUUUGUUUCCUCACUCCUACAUACAUGACAGCAUAUCAGCAGGACUCAGGCCCCAAACUCAUGGUUUACAUCUUUGGAAAAGAAACGGUAUUGUCUCCGAAGACAUUCUGUAAUUUUUGACGGUCUUGCGCCUAAGCGUUUCAGUCAACUUUAAGUCACUGAGUGCAUCCAUCAGAAUCAUGGCUUUACUUAAUAUAGACAAUGACCCUUGGCUAAAUGAGCAUGCGACCUGUGAACGAUUCCAUCAGACCAUUUCAGAACAAUUGCACUUGCGAACCCUUGAGACACGGGACUCGGAAAACUAUGCUCGAAUGUCAGCCUCUAUCAGACUCCGAUUGAAGCAGUUUGCCGCUGAAGUUGAUGAAUUAAAACAGAAGCUGGAGUUAGCCAAUGCCUCAAAACCUAUAACUUCGCAAGAGUAUGAAAGGAGAUUGAGGCUGAUCGAAAACCUGAAAAGCAAGCAUAUUCAAAUGGUGGAACGCUUCAAUCAUCGAGCAAAACCAGUUACAUCUGCUUAUUCUCAAGAUCGAAGUAGUCUUCUAAAUAACCAAAUGGUUGCUGAUGGAGGAGUGACUGGAUGGGGUAUAGAUGAUGAUGACGAUGACCGACCAAAUCGACCUCUGCUGGCACAGAGCAGUGAGUGGACCAUUGACGACCUCAGAGCACAACAAAGAAGGAUAGUCGAAGUUCAAGAUGAGGGCUUAGAAAAUUUAUCGAAAGUCAUCAGCAGGCAGAAAGAGAUAGUUGUAUCCAUAAAUUCAGAGGUCGACCUUCAUAAUGAGGUCAUUGAUGAUAUAGCUGUUAAAAUGGACAGAGCAACGUCAUCCUCGCACAGAGAGACUGAACAGAUUGGCGUUAUUCUAAGGAAAGACUCUACUUGGGGUUACUGGCUCAUCAUCCUGACUUUAUUCUUUGCAAUAGUAGUAGUGGCAAUGCUGUGAUACUGUCUCUGGUUUAAAAAUGCAGCUUGCGUCAAAUUCUCGGAGGGUGUAUGUCCCACUCAUCAUGACAUCAACCGAAAACCUCUCCUCCUAAUUGUGAUUAAACUAAUACUGUUUAUUUCUCUCUGAGGUGUUUUAUCAAACUCAGAAUAAGAAAGAAUUGAGAGUCAUCUCUUGCAAUCGUGCGAGAUAUCUACUCAGUGUGGCCACUGUGAUUAUUUUAUUUUCUGCAUAAUGUUAUCAUGUUUUUUAAUUAGAUUCUUCUUACUGUUAUUUUGUAAAUUGUAAACUAUAUUUAUGAAAAUUUUUGCUAAGGAAAAUAUAUGUUUAUGAGCUCUUUUAUA